AUGUCUAGUUCAACUGCUGAAAUUGCUUAUCUUAAUUAUAUUUCUCGAAUUUCUUUAACAUUUGGUGGUUUGAUCCUUUUUAUCACUGGAAUUAUUGGCAAUUCCAUUAACAUCUUUGUCUUUUCUUUUUUUCCACAGUUUAAUAAAGGAUCAACUCCAGUGUUUCUUCUUUUUUCAUUCAUUAGUAGUCUAACUACACUUCUUACUGGUCUGUUACCUCAAUUAGUAUUUCGUCUCAGUGGAACUGAUCCACUAGUUACUUAUUUGGUUCUUUGUAAACUACGAUGGUUUAUUGGAAUUGGUAGUGCUACUGUGGCAGUACAUUGUCUAAGUUUAGCAGCUGCAAAUCAAUAUUUACUAACAUCUCGUCACAUUCGACAUCAUCAAUGGAUCAAUCGACGACGAGCUUUACUUAUGUGUCUUGUGGUUACAAUAUAUUCACUUGGAUCAAUAAGUCCAAAUUUAGUUUAUUACACACAUAUUAAAAACUCAAUAAAUCAAACCCAAUGUGAUAUAACGAAUACAAUAGCAGCAACAUACAAUACUUACAAUGGUUUAAUUAUCUAUAGUCUUUUACCGAUCAUCGUUUUAUCGACAUUUUCAUUACUAACAUGGUGGAAUAUUCGACAUAAAAUGAUUCGACAAGCAUCGAUCGAACAAUCAUUGACUCGUCUAGUCUUUGCACAAAUAACAAUGGUUCUCUUAGCAUCGAUUGGUUUUGUUAUUCGACGAAUCUAUUUACUUUAUACAAAAGAUUUUGCCAAAAAUACAUAUCAAAUAGCUCAAGAGAAUGUGGCCAACAGUGCAUUUACAUUGAUUGGAUUUAUCAUUCAUAGUUUUUCGUUUCUCACCUAUCUGAUCAGCUCAAAACCAUUUCGUCAGAAUAUUUCAUCUCUACUCUUUACAAAGAAACAUCGUAUUCAACCUACGACAAAUUUAAUGAGAACCACACCAUAA